UUCCCAGACACCUGCGUGGACGCCGGUGUCAUUUCCUUCCUCCGCACGCUGUGGUUGUGUUUUUUUUUUGUGUGUGUGUCUUUCAGUUAUGGUCUCCGUUGCAAAGGUUCUCCUAGGGGUCUUUGGACUGGCCGUGGUGGUGGUUCUGAUCACAGUGCCCACCGUCAUUUAUUUGAAAGAGAAGCAAGAUGGUGGCAUCUACGAGAAGUACUUCACAUUGGCGGACGUCUUCAACAGCUCCCUCAAACCCAGGGCUUACAGCAUGAGGUGGAUCUCAGAUGCCGAGUACCUCCGGAGGCGAGAGGGCUCCGUUUAUCUCCACAACGUGGCCACGGGAGGGUCCUCUGUCUUUCUGGGCGGAGACAAGUUUAAGGAAAAAGACGCCACUGACUACCAGCUGUCGGCGGACCGAAGAUACGUGGCGUUCAUGAGCAACCACAGCAAGCUUUGGAGGCAUUCCUUCACGGCAUCGUACUCGCUCUACGACCGCACGUUGGAAAAGUUCCUGGAACCCAGUGACCUUCAUCAACAAGUCCAGUAUUUGGCUUGGGCUCCUGAAGGCAACAAACUGGCUUUUGUAUUCCAAAAUAACGUGUACAUAAAGACCAGCCCAGAUUCUCAGCCUCAGCAAGUUACCUUCGACGGCAAGGAGAACCUCGUGUUUAAUGGAAUUCCAGACUGGGUUUAUGAGGAGGAGAUGUUCUCAUCCAACCAGGGACUCUGGUGGUCUCCAGGAGGAAAAUAUGUGGCCUACAUCCAGCUGAACGAUACAGAGGUCCCCACUGUGGAGUACCCUUGGUAUGGGGAUAAACAGUACCCAAGUACUGUUUCCAUCCCAUAUCCAAAAGCAGGUUCCCCCAACCCAGUCGCCAGUCUGUUCGUGGUGGACACUGACAACACAACCCACACUUGGCAAGUUCCCGUCCCAGAACCGUUCCGCUCCAGCGAGCACUACUUGGCUACCGUGACCUGGGGAACUGACCAGCGUCUCGCCGUCCAGUGGCUGAAGAGACUCCAAAACCACCUCAUCCUUCAGAUAUACAACCUCAAUGGCUCCACUUGGGACCCAGUUGAGCAUCUGGACAUGCGCAGCUCCUCUGGUUGGAUCGGACGGUUUUCACCACCGGAUCCAGUUUUUGCUGCAGAUAAGAAGAGCUUGUAUUUGCUGAUGAGUGACGGCAAAGGCUACAAACACAUCCAUCACAUGGCGCAGGGCAAAGCCACAGCUAUCACUACGGGAGCAUGGGAAGUCGUCAACAUUCAGAAGGUUACUGCGGAUAGCGUGUAUUACUCCAGCAACCAAGAGGGUGGAAAACCUGGAGGACGCAACGUUUAUAGGUGGACCAACGGAGCCGUGACGUGUCUGACCUGCACCCUAAGCGGUGACUGCCAGUACAACUCGGCGGAUUUCAGCCACGAUGCGUCUUUUUACCUCAUGAGCUGCAGAGGUCCCGGCGUUCCGUACAGUUCUCUGGUGGAUAACAGGGACGGCACAGAGGUGAAACGUGUGGAGGACAAUAAGGAGUUCAUCCAGCUGGUAUCGCACAUCCGCAUGCCCCACAUGCGUCGCGGCAUCCUCAGGAUUGCGGGAUACGAUCUUUGGUACCAAAUGUUUUUGCCGCCGGGCUUUGAUGAGUCCAAGAAGUACCCGCUACUGCUGGAUGUGUAUGCAGGUCCGUGCAGCCAGAAGACGGACUUCCUGUACCGGGUGAGCUGGUCCACCUACCUGGCCAGCGAGGAGAAAGUGGUUGUUGCCAGCUUUGACGGGAGAGGCAGCGGCUACCAGGGCGACAAGCUCAUGCACGAAAUCUACCGACGUCUGGGAACCUACGAGGUGGAGGAUCAGAUAACGGCGGCCCGGGAAUUCAUCAAAAUGGGAUUCAUUGACAAAGAUCGAAUCGCCAUCUGGGGAUGGUCUUACGGCGGCUAUGUGGCAUCCAUGGCCUUGGGAUCUGGAAGCGGCGUCUUUAAAUGUGGGAUGGCAGUUGCUCCAGUCUCCAAAUGGGAAUAUUAUGAUUCCAUCUACACAGAGAGGUACAUGUUGACGCCGGCUGACAAUCCUGCAGCUUACAUGAACUCAACGGUGACGGCACGGGCCAAAAACUUCCAUGCGGUGCAGUACCUUCUGGUUCACGGAACUGCCGACGACAACGUGCAUUUCCAGCAGGCAGCGGAGAUAUCUGAAGCUCUGGUGGACGAGCAGGUGGACUUUGACGCCAUGUGGUACACGGACAAGGACCAUGGGCUCGGCGGUUCAGCCUACCAGCAUGUCUACACGCACAUGAGCCACUUCCUGCAGAGGUGCUUUGCGUGAAGCCCACGGAUCAACACAACUGGCAUCAAGCAGACUACCGAGACUCUGACUCUAUGACUAAUGUAUAUUGUUUAUAAUGGAGAGUAAUCACUACUCUGCCCUUCCUAUUUACGGAACACAACCACUCCAAGACUCCCGCAAUAUUUAAGACAUAUAUGAGAUUAUUUUUCCUCAUAAUAUUACGCUAUUCUCCCAAACCACAACUUUUUCAACACUCCGAAACCAGCUAAUGUCAUUCAUAAUUCCAUAAAACCAUUAAGAGUUCCACUAGAAACCUAACCUAGCUUAUUGCUAACGCUAGCCACCAUUUUUAUUCCUCUGGCGCGAAAAAUCACCGGACAUACAUGAUGUGAAUGAAUUAGUUCAUUGUUUGGAGUUACACCGAAAUGAUUCCUACCGCAAACCGCUGCAUUCAGGACACAUAACACACUUUAGUCCUGUCACUACAGUACAUUAUCGGAGAGCACAGCAAAAAAUGGCAAAAUACUAUGGAACACUCCAGCUAAUGUCAUUAAUGAUUCCACACCACAAGCCUUCCACCAUAAACUUCACCUAGCUUAGAGCCAACGUUAGCCACGGUGAAGAGUUGCAAAGUAUGAUUCCUCGAGCGCUAAAACUCUUCAGACGUGAAGACAAAACAGCUCCAAAACGAACGUUCAUGAUAAUUAAUCUUAUCUUGCCUUUGCUAUUUUAUCUUCAGAACUUUGUUUCAUAAUUCGUUAAUUUGUGAGGCGUUACACUGAAAUGAUUCCCACCGCAAACAACGAGGCUUUUCGCAUGUUUCCUAUCGCCUCUUAACAUGUGGAGCUCGCUAUUGGCUUUAAUGUCUGUUAACCACGACACAGUCAUCAAUACGCACACGUUUAUUCGAAUAAAAACAAAUUGUUUUGAUUAUUCCUUGACUUUUUUCACAGGCUCGGCAUAUAUACGAAGGGUUUUAUUAUAUGACAAUAGAAAUCCAGUUUUUGGUUACCCAUUUUGAUUUUUUAAAAAUGUCACAUGCAACAAUAUAUGAAAAUAUACUUCCUAUUUUUAUACCAAUAACCGGAUUUUUAAAAUAUAAACGUGUUGCAUAAAAUAUUAAAUUAUUAACUGUAACAUAUUAAUAAUUAUAAAAGUAAACAUUAGGCAUUAACAUUAAUAGUGGGCUACAUUGUGGCAGGAUGGAAACAAUAUAUUUUUUUAAAUAAACAAAUAAUAUUAAUAUAUAAUACAAAGAAAAAGUAA